AUGGCAUCAAGUAGCGCAACAGCCUCGCGCGCCUCUGGCUCAGGCACAACCGCACAAACCCAAGUGCAGAUCCCGGCCUCGACGUCUACUUCGGAUGCACCGCAAAUACCCAGCACGACCAGUAGUGCGCCAGUGCUGCAUUUACGGGGCGCGACAAGGGAGGAGGAGGCGAGUAUGGGGACGAGGACGAGGAGACCGCGGAUACAGUGGGCGGAGGAUGUGGUAGAUAAUGAGGGGUUGGGGAGGAAGAAGAGUAAAGUGUGCUGUAUUUAUCAUGCGCCGAAGGGUAUAGAUGAGUCGAGUGAUGAGAGUUCGUCGGAUAGCAGUAGUGAUGAUAGUGAUAGUGAUAGUGAUGAUGGGGGUGCGAGGCCGAGUGGAAGAGGGAAUGGGAAGAAGAAUUGUGGACAUGAUGGACAUGAGCAUGGGAAGGAUAAGGGGAAGGAUAAGGGGAAGGGAAGGGCGAGGAGUCCAAAUGCGUAUGAGAAGGUACCGAAGGUUAAGGGGAAGGAGUGA